GCAUACAUUCUUGCAACAUGGUCUUGCCUAGGAUUUGGAAUCUGUGGGGAUAUUGUCGGAUGUUGGUUUUGUUGCUGGUUUUCUGCUAUAUUGUCAGCGCCGACGAUCAGUUCCUGUGUUGCAUGGCGGGAAUCAAGAAGGUCCGCCAUAUUUCCAUAUGCCCCGCCCCCUGUUGCCAUGGGUACGAGGAACACUCGGUUUACACUGCGAUGAUGGCCCAAAUAUCAUUCUGUAGGAAACUUGAAGAGGACACCUCUCAAGAGUUGACAACCGCCGUGAGAGAGAAAUGGGGAGCACGGCGAUACCCCGACAAGCUGUUCCACUUCUAACACAGGACUUUCGAGGGACGUUGGCUAAGAGCUUUUUAAGCCUAACAAAUAAUAUUGAUUCCGGCUUCCCGACAUUCCCAACUCGUUUGCACGCGACCCUUGCAAGCUCAUCGUUCUGUUGUUUUUCUUUCGGUUAACAUUUUGGUAGUUUCGGAACAGACAGGAUGCGUCAAUGUACCCAGAAUAAAUGGCGGCGGUGUAAAGUGUAAAUAAUACCAAGACACGACUUCACUGCAUUCUUUUUACGCCUAUUAGAAAUGAGGACCAAGACGUCUUCAGAAGUUUGAAGGAAAACACUAUCAAUGAUUAGAUUGAGAGCUUGCUCUUAUGUGCACCAUGUUAGAUCUUUAUUGAGUGCACUCUUAAAACAAUAUAAAUAUAUAUAAUAUUUAAAUUCAUUCUCCCACGUCCCCUGUGUAAUAUAGGUUAGUGUAACGCUCCUAAAAGAUGAUAUCUAUUUUUCUUACAUUCCAAUUUUAAAGUUUAUAUGUCAUUUUGUUUAAGACCUGAAUAUUAUCUAAGUUCUCUCAGAAAUAUAUGUUUCAACCAAUGAUAAACAGCUGCAC